UAAUUGCGACAGAGUGUCACGACUCACAACACACAGAGAGUGACAGACAGAGCCUCGUCAACGACUCUUCGAUCCGAUCUCUCUCUCUCUCUCAAUUUGACUAAACCCUGGCCAUUGAAUCUCCGAUUGAUCUCGUGUGCUGGUGAAAAUGGCGGGAGGAGUGAACAGGAAGAUAUCAGCUGCGUCGGCGAGAGCUCACACCCGAAGAGCCAAGCAAAACAGCUCCUUCCAGCUUCCGGCGGGGAUUUUUAAGACAACACUAGUAGCGUUGGUUAUUGGACUUUCGGCAUGGGCAUAUCAGGCAAUCCAACCUCCUCCAUCAAAGAUAUGUGGCUCUCCUGAUGGGCCUCCUGUUACAGGACCAAGAAUAAAACUUAGGGAUGGAAGGCAUUUAGCCUACCAAGAGCAUGGAGUCCCAAAAGAUAAUGCGCAGCAUAAAAUAGUUUAUCUCCAUGGUAUUGAUAGUUGCAGGCAUGAUGCUGUCAUUCCCAACUUCCUGUCUCCGGAAACCGUGAAAGACUUGGGGAUCUACGUUGUGUCUUUUGACAGACCUGGUUAUGGAGAAAGUGAUCCUAAUCCAAAGCGAACGGUGAAGAGUAUGGCUACAGAUAUAGAGGAGCUGGCUGAUCAAUUGGGUUUAGGACACAGAUUUUAUGUAAUUGGUUUCUCCAUGGGUGGACAGGUGAUUUGGAGCUGCCUCAAAUAUAUCCCUCACAGGAUCGCAGGAGCAGCACUGGUAGCUCCAGCGGUAAACUACUGGUGGACUGGUAUUCCUUCAAAUCUAUCUAGUCAAGCUUACUCCCAACAGCUUCAGUCAGACCAGUGGGCAGUUCGUGUGUCUCACUACACCCCUUGGCUUACAUACUUCUGGAACACUCAAAAAUGGUUUCCUGGUUCAAGUGUUCUGGCUCGAAGUAUAGAUUGUCUUUCUGACCAAGACAAAGAAAUCCUGCCCAAGCUUCAAAAAAGAGAACCAUAUGCGGGACAGGUACGACAGCAGGGAGAAUUUGAGUCCAUUUACCGUGACAUGAAUGUUGGAUUUGGGACCUGGGAAUUCAGUCCUCUGGAACUGGAAAACCCAUUCCCUAACAAUGAAGCUUCUGUCCACGUGUGGCAUGGAGAUGAAGAUCGCAUGGUACCCGUUUUACUGCAACGCUACAUUGCUGAACAGCUUCCAUGGAUCCACUAUCAUGAGAUACCAGGUGCUGGACAUUUGUUGCCACUUGCUGAUGGGAUGUGCGAGACCAUUGUCAAGGCACUUUUAACCGACGGAUAGUAAACAUUUCCUCUUACGUAACGAGCUACCUCGGGGUGAACUUUUCUGUGCAUUUCUCCAAUACGGAGUUACUGAAUUUCAGUUAGUCAGUUUGGUAUGUAUGAUAGAUCUUGUACCGGCCAACUCUGUUUAUAGAUUGUUGCAUCAUAAUGCAGUUGCUUCUUAGGGAUUGAAUUUUGAAAGUUGGAUUUGAGAAAUAAUUGUGUGAAACUAGGAUUGUUGCUUGGUACGUUUGGAUGUGGAGCUAUUCGAAGCGAGAUUAAUGAAAACUUUGCACCACGUAA